GGUCUCAUUCCAGACCUCAUUCCUAAAGUUGUUUCUCCUUCCGACGAAUGUUCCCACGGAAAUAUCGUGGGUCACUUGAUCAGUCCUCUGAAUGUGGAUCCAAGCAUACAUCAUAUCACAAGUACCACUCCGGCCACACCACUGUCUACGGGUUUCACACCAGUUGCUUCGUCCGCGCUACGAACAGACGCACCUGUGUCCACCGGUCCGGCGUCUCCGUUUGUGUUUUCACCUUGGAUGCAUCGGAGCAUAUUGGAUCAGGCCCUUGGUGGUGGUGAUGGUGAGCGUUCUCCGGAGUGGACUGAACCAACAGAAACCGAGUCUGCUUCAGCUGCCCAGCCACUUGUCACGGACAAUCCAGUCCUACCGGAACCCUUGCAAUUAUCUACCUGCCAAUCGGACACAACCGCGCAGACAGACUUAUCGCAGUCGUAUGCAUCGGCUGUCGCUUUAUCCGAUGCCGGAGAUUUUGACAUGCUUGCCUCGUUAUUGGAGCGUGUCAACGUGCGUCAAGAGGAGGCGGAUUCAAAAUUGGACGACAGUAGUGGUUGUCUAACAGGCGAAACAGCUUAUCUGGAACGAACACCCGGCAAAAUUCUUCUCCCGCCGGUCGCACCUGACACAUACAAUGUUCACAGUCGAUCUAACCCGUCGAAGUAUACCCAUCCCAUUCAACACCCAUCUGUACAUGCGGAACCAAUUGAACCGAGCCCGACUAUGCAACCCACACCCCAGGCUCGUCGACGCACAAUCAAUCUGAACAGUGCGUCUGCCUUAGCCCCGAUUGUGGACGCGGUUUGUCCAUCACUCAAUUUUUCAGACUGUGCUAAGACAACAACGGAUUCGCAGUCGGGUCGUCUUUCGAUUGGCAGCAUUUCGGACAUGGUCACCAUGGCAGCACGUUCACUGUAUGACCGAAUCGGUGGCAAUUCCGGCCUGGUCGCCAGAUCGCCAAUAGCGAUGCCUGUCGUACCGAUAGUCUCCUCGCCAGCUGUCCAGCAGACAUUGCCGAAAUUGACCGAUCCACUGGAACCACCUAGCUGCUGUUCGAACCUCAGUCCUAGCAGUAUGGCUCCAGGUGUUCAGUCUGUGGACGAGGAUGUUUGGGAGAGUGUGAACUCCGAAAAUGAACUUCGUUCAACAAUGGUCAUUGACACGUCGAUUCGUAGUAUUGCGGGUCGUACCUUUGAGUUGUCCGAUGAGAAUAAGGAAAACAUUCACGUGCCGCAGACUGACAUCUCUCAGCCGUGUUAUCCAUCCCGCCAAAACCAUCUGGGUGAGUCGAUGGCUGAUGCGGUAUCGCCAGGGUCUAGCAUGAAUACUGAUUCGAAUAGUUCACGGCCACUCACCAGUUUCCAAAACAGCGGACUACAUGAGACUCAAGCCACACCACAUUUGACUGCUUCCGGGGAUGGUCCAGAGGAGCUGAAGGUGUUAACCAAAUUGCCUGAUUCGUCUGUUCACCAGGAGGCGGCUGUUGCAGAGAUGCAGUUGUUACGUCACGAAGUUGGCCGAUUACGCGCAUUAGCCACCGAAUUGCGGACCGUUAUGCAUGCUUAUGAACAAGCUCUGUUGGAAGCGGAUGCAUCUGAACGGGAACAGUGUGUUGUCACAACUGCACGAAUACACCGUAUCGCAGCUGAGCGUGAUGAGGCCAUGGAACAGGCAGCCACAAUGAUGAAAGCCUACGACGAUAUGUACCGUCGCGUGCAGCGUGCCAAAGAGUCGAUUGAAACCAGGAAAGAAAGGCAAAAGGCAGCUGUUCAAUGUAUUGAACGAUAUGCCAAUCGAGUUCAAACAAUUGGUGACAAAUUUGCCAAAAUGCACGGAUACUACUUGGACCAUCUUUCCGAAGCGCUCACGACCGUGGAUCGUCAAGAGGAUGAAUGGCAUCGAAAACUGGAUAAAUUACAGUUGGAACUUCGACAACACGAAUUACGCAAUACGACACUGGCAAAUGAGAUAUCGUUAAAAGUGAGCUUGCAUCCAACUGAUUUCCUCACCCAUGUUUAUCAAUACCCGAUGUAA